UGUUGGUUUAGGAAUAUCUCAGAAAGUACACUGUGACUUGUAGAAGAUCCAUGUUGGUAGUGUGGAGUAGUUUAAAGCCCUUUUCUCUGUGAGUUCAUGCUGUUCUCCCUGACCAUCUGGAUAUACAGUUGUGGUGCCGCCGCAGAAGAGCUCCAAGCAGCCCGGCCCCUAAGCCCGGCAGGCAAAACGUGGAAGACAGACAAAUAGACUGCAGCUUCAGCCGCCUACCGCAGCCCUACUACUGUCCCUACAGACCCACGCUGGCUGUGCAUUGGCAACAAGAUUCCUCACGCCUGUCGUAUCCACUUGCUCCUGAAGUCUUCUUUGGGUUAUGCCGGAGAAAGCUCUUUGGACACGGCAUGUUGGGAUGGAAGCCUUGAAUAGUGUGGGCAGCACAGGUAGCUGUGACAGUAUGGAGAGCAUUUCAUCCAACCACUCUGCUUUUAGUGGAGAUGGCUAUGAUCACCUUUCAGCUGAGGAACGAGAAUGCUUAAUGUUUCUUGAAGAAACAAUUGAUUCGCUAGAUAAUGAGAAUGACAGUGGCCUAUCCAACGAUGAAUUGGAAACAGAAAAAACUGCCAACAUUUCUGCGUCCGAACCAAUGAGGAUUCCACCUGCCAAUGGCAAUGAUAAAACACAACCAAAUAGUUCAACACUUUCUAAAUCAGAGGAAUGGACCAAUUUGAUUAUUGAUUCAAACAGAAUUCCACAGGGGUAUCACAGUUUCCCAAGAAUAGUCCAAGCUUCUCGAGAUGAAGUCCCAAAACCUCCUAUGGUCCACAAACUAACAGAUUCUAGUAAUGACCUGGCAAAGCCAUGGCAUGGGAAACCCAAGAGCUUGUCCUCCAUUAACCAACAGCAUGCAGGGGAAUCGGUUAUAUCAGAUUUUCUCAUUUUACCACCACCUGAGCCUUUCAGAGACCCCCAAAUUAUAGACAAAAGGCGUUCUGUUACUGAUCCAACAGAUGCACGUGAAGUCCGAUUUGACAGAGCACUACUAAAAUCUGCUAAAAUUUCUGAACAUAAAGAAGCACCACCUAUAUUAAGGCCACUUAAUACAAAAUCAUCAACACCGUCCCUGUUCCCAAGAGUCUCAUCCCCAAAUAGUGGCUCUUUACAGACUCUUAAUCAAAUUGUAGAUAAACCUGUAGAUUCACAGUUUAAACAGGGCCCACCAACAGCACCAAAGCCACGUGCACUGCCACCACACAUAAUUAUUAAAACAAGUGGGGGUUCAUUUUCCAAUCUAGAUCCACAGAAAAGGCCAAGAACAUUCUCGGCACAUGAAAGAUUGGACAAAGCAAGUGAAACUAUAAUUAAGGUUCCCCAUUCUAAAGAACAAGAGCAAGCUAGACAUGAGGCACUACAGAAAUUAGGCUUGGAGGAUAAAUCAAGUCCAAAGGAAAAUAGUUCCAUCAGGUCCUCAAAAACAGACAUAUCUUUAGCACAGUGUGCAAGUGACCAAAGCCAAAAAGAAGGGUCUCUUCCUGCACAUCCUACUAUUGUAGUUCACAAACCACAAGAUUUAAGAAAAAAUGAAGGGCAUACGAACAACAGAUUAAACAUGAAAUUAGAUGAACCCGUGAGUGGAACAGCCUUGUUAGUUCAAAAGGACACUCAUGUUGAUGAAAAUCCUUUACCCAAUAUAAAAAGUGGGAUUAUUAUCAGGAAUAGACCAAGUGUGAAGACUAGUGCUCAAGAAGAGAACGAAGUGGUUAUUCGACCUACCCAGCCUUUAAAUGAAGUCCAUAUGGUUGUUGAUGACUCUCCCAAGCAAAUAAACUCUGAUGUUAAUAGAAACUCCUCACUUGUAAAGCCUGUCCCUCAGUCAAAAGCAGAUGACGUGAGUGAAAAACUUGGUGAUGCACCUAAAGAAGCAUUUUCUGGAUCAGCUGUUGCUUUCAAGUAUCAAAAACCUGAUGCUGGUGUAAAAUCUACAAGUGUGAAAGCAAGCCAAUUGGGGAAAGGAAUUACAGUUACGGAAAUUAAUCCCAUAACAUUGAAAACAUCAGAUCACUUGCCUAACUUUGAGAAAUCUCAGGAAAAAGUGGGUUCCUUGGAGAAUGUCAACAUCAUUAGUACCAGCCCUGGUAAAACCUUUAGUUUCCCUCGGCCAAAAGAAGUAUCUGUUGCUCAAGAUAGUCCUGCAGUCAUCCUAAGAGAUGGAAGAGACAAAGUGGCUGUUGAUAAGAGCAACAGACACAGCACUCACUUUGAACCAUUGACUGAACCAUACUUGCGUUUUCAUCAGAGUUCAGUGCCUGGUCUUAAACAAAUAAACAUAAAGUCAAACACACUGGAACGUUCUGGAGUGGGCCUUAGCGGGUCCAUUUCAAGCACUGAAAAGGAGAAUCAAAAAGGAGGUAGCUCUUUUUUCAAGAAACCAAUUUUUUCUGGAAACUUUCUGAGAAACAGCAGACCAAGACCAGCAUCCCUUGGCACAGGAAAAGACUUUGCCAGCCUAGAGCCUUCUGUAGUAGAGGCAGACACUACUGAGAAGCGAUCUUUCUUUUCCAGACCGUCUCGCUCAUCUGCUCCUGUUACAAGUGUUAAGAUUACUCCAAAAGGGUCUACAGAGGAGCAUCGGAAAGAAGCAUUAAAAAAGCUUGGUAUUCUAAAGGAAUAAACAGCAGUUUGCUCCUCUUAUGUAGGAACUAUACACUAUAUGCCUUUAGACUUACUGAAAAUUAGGCUGUAGUGUUCCCACAGCACUUUUUGAAAAAAUUUGCAAAUGGAUUAUUUUAGUGAUGAAAUUGCACAACCCAUUAAGACUUCAUUAUAGCAAUGUUUCCACUAAACCAAAAACAGUUUUUAUUCCUUCCUGAGUUUCCAACCAAAUGGACCUUGCUAAUUCAUAAACAUGAUCUAGCUUUAAAUAUAUUUUAACCAAUAAAUCUUUUUCUUAUUUUUUAUGUGUCUAUUGAUGUACGUAAUCAAAGAUGCUGCUUUAAAAAACAAAAUGAGCUCUGUCUAUCAUUGGAAACAUUUAAUGGAUAAUUAAGAGAUUCAAGAUAAUGUAUAUUUUGUUCUGAUACUUAUGUAAUAUUACGAAUCAUAACCUUCAUUAGGCGCAAAAAGGGUUAAAAAAAAAAAGGUCUCAGUCACUGUAUAUUUGAAACUUUUAUCCAUUGUUUAUCCUUUUGUUGUUCCAAUAAUUGUAUCUCAUUUUAACAAUAUAGCUUUAUUUAAUUUACUGCCUCAUGUACAAUGCUGGAUCCACAGAUUGCUGUUUAUUGCCUGGACAAUGCAAAAUUCUUUCUUAUACCAAUGUAAAUAUAUAAAGAGGGGGAGGGGAAUAAAAACCCAAUCUGUGUACAGAUAUACUGUUCUUCAGAUAAAACCCCAAAUUUUUGUAAAGAUAAAAUGAUCUUCCGACAUAUAGUUUUCUGAUUUUGUCAUGUUGUAAGAGGUGAAAUAAGUUUAGAGGAUUUCUGUUAAUCAUAAAAUAAUUUAAAUAUUAACCUGAAGGCCAAAGGUUAUCUGCAAGUUUAAUUGCCAAAGUGGUACUGUGAAAAACUUUUUUCCUUUUUUUUUUCAAUGGCAUUUUUAUUUAGUUCUUAGAUUUUUGAGCAUUUUAUUUUAUUUUAUUUUCAUUUGGGAUGGUUCAAGGCAAUAAUGGCUAAAAUACUUUGUUUUAAGACUCAAACUACACUAACCUUUUCCUGUUAAUAAAACUUUUAUUAAACGUA